GCGUUGGGCGCGGGUACCGCUCGCAGCCGGGGAUGGCAACGGUUUCGGGCGCCAUGAGCGGCGGCGGCGGCAUCGAGAACGCGGCGUUCGAGACUCCCAGCCCCAGCCUCGGCCGGCAGCGCCCCUGGAACUCCGCCAGCUCCAGUGCCAGUUCUAGUGCCUGUGCCCCCUCCGAUCCCGACUUUGAGGAGGGGCCCUGCGGGUGGGGUGGCUGCACCCCGGAGGCUCUGCAGCUCUGCAACAACCCCGAGGGCUACCUGGCUGUGUACAGCCUGCUGGCCACCUUCCAAGGUAUUGUGGUAAAUGGCCUGGUUAACAUUAGUAUUUCAACAAUUGAGAAGCGUUACGAGUUGAACAGUUCCCUGACUGGCUUAAUCUCUGCAAGCUAUGACAUUUCUUUUUGCAUGUUGUCGCUGUUUAUAUCUUUUUUUGGAGAAAGAGGGCACAAACCACGAUGGCUUGCUUUCUCAGCAUUUAUGCUAGGACUGGGCUCCCUUAUAUUUUGCUUACCACACUUUAGUGUUGGAAAAUACCAUUAUGGAGCUAAACCUGAAGACACUUGUCAAGCUCCAGAAACCGUGUCUGCUAAUAUGACUUGCAACGCCAGCUUGAAGUCUUCACAUCACAAGUAUAUGUAUGUCUUCAUUCUGGGACAGCUGCUGCUGGGAAUUGGAGGAACGCCGCUGUAUACUUUGGGAACAGCUUUUAUUGAUGAUAGUGUCCCAAAACACAAAUCUUCCCUUUAUAUAGGAAUUGCCUAUGCCAUGUCUCUGCUGGGUCCUGCUAUUGGAUAUGUUGUAGGAGGGCAACUGCUUAAUGUUUAUAUUGAUAUCCAGAUCCCAGAAAGUACAAAGGUGGAUCACGAUGACCCACGUUGGCUUGGAGCAUGGUGGAUAGGAUUUCUUGCAUGCUUUUUUGCAAUUUGGCUUCUUAUAAUACCUUUUUCAAUGUUUCCAAAGCACCUGCCAGGAACAGCAAAAAUACAGGCUGAAAAAGUCUCUGAAACUCAUGAUGAUGGAAGUGAGGCCCUAGUUCGGAUCAAGAAUAUUGGAAAAAAUUUUAAAGACUUUCCUAUAUCUCUCCUGAUACUGUUGAGGAAUCCAGUGCUUAUGUGUCUAAUAAUAGCCAGUUCUUCAGAAGCUUUAGUUACCACUGGAUUUGCCACAUUUCUACCAAAGUUUAUAGAAAAUCAGUUUGGAAAGACGUCAAGUUUUUCAGCAACUCUUGGAGGACUUGUAUUAGUUCCAGCAGCAGUACUAGGCCAAGUCAUAAGUGGCAUCUUGGUUUCCAAGUGCAAAAUGGAUUUGAAAAGCAUAAUCAAGUUCAUGAUAAGCACUUGUUCAGUGGCCCUGCUAUUAAACACAGUGUUUUUAUUUGCCAAAUGCAGGAAUGAACCUUUCGCAGGUGUCUCUGAAACAUAUAAUGGAACAGGCACGCUGCGCAACUUGACAGCACCAUGCAACGCUAACUGUGGAUGUUUGCGCUCUAUGUACUACCCAGUGUGUGGCAGGGAUCGAGUUCAAUACUUUUCUCCCUGUUUCGCAGGAUGCAAAUCAUAUCUUGUUGAUAGCAACAUGACAAAGAUAUACCACAACUGUUCCUGUAUUGGGAAACCAAUAAGAGAAAAUGGUUCAGAAGACUUUCUCUUUGAAGCUAUCUCUGGGAAAUGUCCAACACAAUGCAGAUUUUUACCUUUAUUCUUGACGAUCUUCUUUUUUGCUGUAGUUUUUACAUUUAUGGCUGUUACUCCAACAACUGUGGCCAUUCUCAGGUGUGUGCCACAUAAACAGCGGUCAUUUGCUCUUGGAGUACAGUUAGUGUUUCUACGACUACUGGGUACUAUUCCUGGGCCAAUUUUGUUUGGUGUUUCUAUAGACAGCAGUUGUACUCUGUGGGAUAUCGAUGAAUGUGAAACUAAAGGAGCCUGCUGGGUAUAUGAUAAUGAAAGAGUAGUUUAUCUGCUGAUGGGCAUGAGUGCUGCUUGCAAAAUCAUCACAAUCGUCUUUGUGGUCCUGGCAGUGUAUUUCUACAAGCCUCCACCACUGAAUAAAGCACUGUCGCCAAAGGAUGCAGAAAUGGUAUCUGCUGUACACACAUGAAUUAUGAGCAAAUCAGGGACUUUUGAAAGAAACCAGUAAGAAUAAGCACUUUUACAACAGUUGUACCAAAGUUCUUGUACACCCUUGCCUGAAUAUAAAAGAUCACAUUCAACAUCUGAGCAACUUAAAAUAUUUGUGAACCUGUAGUGUUCUUUAAUUUGCUAAACAUUGCUUAGUAUUCCAUUGAGUAUAUCCAAAGAAAUGGCACUUUAAUUUGCAGUCUAAUUUAAAAAGUCUAGUGUGUAACUUAAUUGAAACAAGUUGCUUACUCUGACUGAGCCCCACUUACCUCUAUUCGUAACUGUAGUGGGAGAAAACAAGUAACUUGGAAUAUUAAAGGGAACUAUGUAUGUUCUAAAAGGAUUUAUUUUAAUGUGCUCAUAAUCUGGGCUAGUGCCUUUGGGGAUGUUUUUCUAUAGCAACACUUGGGAAUAUGCAAGUUUGGCCAUUUUAAAAAUAUUUCUACAUGUUAUUUUAAUGGCAUAAGUUCACUUCAUAGUAUUGCAGGAAAAUGUAAAUGGUUAUAAUAUGUUAGCUGGGUUGUAAAAUCAAAAUAUUGCUUAAUUUGAGUGUUUGAGUUUCUAUCUGGAAUAUAUAUAGAAAGUUGCUGUUCAGCUGAUUUAUUUAAACAUUUUUAAAAUGUUUCUGUAAAAUUUGAAGAGAAAACCUAUUUUCUUACAAUUUCUGUGUAUGCGCUGUCACUGCCAAAUGACUGAGUUCUAGGCUUCUCAACUCCAAGAAGCACAAUGCUGAAAGCUAGCAAGAAUGUGUAUGGAAAAAUCAGAAGUAGAAAAAUAUAGCUUUAGUUUUUCUUUUUGACAUAAUAAGUAGUUAUUCAAGCUGUAUUUGUAUAGCACAACAGAAGUGAUAUACAAGUCAACCACUGUUACCAGACAUUAAACUAGUGCCUGCUACUGAAAUAUCAUUCAAUGUUGACAGGAAAUUUUUAAUGAGCCAGAUAUCCCAUAUGUUUGUUUUACUUUGUUAAUAAACACUUCUUUUUUGUUGCA